CGGUUUGCAUCAGCUCGACACAAUGCUGAGGAUACAUCCGUUCCGUCCCGCCUGUCACCAAGGUACGCCGUACAAGUGCGAAUAAUAUGAUAAGAAAAUCACACAAAAAGUUGGCAACUCUCCCAUACCCCCGGCUGGGAUGGCGGCAAGCACACCGAAGGUCAACGAUUCGACCAUGCUGUGGCUUGCAUACCUCGAUACUUCAACCUUAUUCGCGUUGCUCACCUUCAAGCAAGGUACCUGAGAUGCGAGUCACAUCAUCUCACCGCCCAAGCACAUCCCGUCAAUCCGGCUCUCCCACGUCUGGGAGAGCCCCAAACGUAGUUAGCCGUCGAGAUUCGGCCGCUCGCGCUGAUCCCGCCGCUGCAAUCCUUGGUUCCGCCGGGUUUCCAUUGCUUCUGACUGGUCAUCGUCACCACCGUCGCCGUCCUCGCCGCCGUCCAGUGCUGUGUCAUCUCUGCCCUUUCCCACCUCCCGUCGUCCCCUCUAUCAAAAGGCUGCAUCGCGACGUGCGGGAAUUGCCCCUCGGGCAGACUAGCGUCCAAGCGCUAAUACGUCGUCCUGCAGCAAGCCUGCGAACGAGGGGUUGCGGCUUUGCGGCUUGCCCCAGUUCUCACCUCCCGGCCCUACGCUGCCCCGCCAUCCCACUGCGCUAUUCGCAGAUCAACGCUCGUCCAACCAACCUGUUGUCGCUCGCUGCCGCCGCCACUCGUCAACGUCCAACGCCAACCUGGGAUUUCGUCGUCGGCAUCCAAGCCCCAGAACAACAACGUUCGUGACAAAUGCCGCCCAGUAUGUUUCUCGGCCACUCGGCCAGUCUGUAUUCGGUCGUUGGCGUCCCCACGGCGCCAUCCAGCCCUGCCACAGAAUGACGGGGGACGUUUGGCCCGACAGAGAAAAUGACAGG